UCGUGAUGGCGCGGCCUGGGCCUCCGGGCCCUUCGUAGCCGCGUCGCCGUCCGCGCCCGCUCGCUUCUUAUGGCGGCCCCUCACCCCGACAAGCUGGAGGGGGGAGUAGGCCUCGCUCCGCCUGCUCCGGGUCCGCCGCCUCCGCCGCUGCCUCCGCCUCCGGGAAGCCUCGCCACAGGCCCAGGCCGCAAGCAGGGCAAGGCCGGUCUUCAAAUGAAGAGUCCCGAGAAGAAACGUCGCAAGUCCAACACGCAGGGCCCCUCCUACUCCCACCUCUCGGAGUUCGCCCCCCCUCCCACCCCGAUGGUCGAUCACCUGGUGGCCUCCAACCCGUUCGAAGAUGACUUUGCCAUCCCCAAGGUGGGCUCCUCUUCCGCGCCCUUCCUCGGCAACCCCGGCCCCUUUGGGAACUUCCGCAUGCAAGGGGCGCUGGGCCCCCAGGUGCCGCCCAGCUAUGGCGGGGGCCCCCAGGCCAUGCGGAGGCAGCCGCCCCCCUUUGGACCGAACCAGAUGGGCCCGGCCUUCAACAUGGCCCCGCAGAACCCAGCCUACGUCCAGCCUGGCGGGAUGGGCUUCGGCGGGCAACCUUUCGGGCAGCCGCUGGGACAGAACUUCAGCCCCCCUGGCGGGCAAAUCCUGCAGGGCCCCAUGGGGGCAUUUGGGCCCAUGAUGUCGCCAACCAUGGGGCAGCCCCCUCGUGGCGGGGACAUGGGCCCUGGGCCAGCCCUCAACGCUCCCGGGGGUCCCCCGAUGGCCCAGCGGUUCAGCCAGCCCGCCAACCUCUUUGGACAGUCUCCGCUGCAGCGCCCCAACCCCAGCCUCUCCAGCUUGCCCCCUAAUCCCAGCCCCUUCCCGGGGCCCGACCCCGGAUUCCCCCCGUCUGCCGAAGACGGCAGCGGCGGCGGCGGCAGCAGCAAGCCCCUCCACCCACCUCCCAACAGCUUCAACCCAGAGCAGCAGCACACCGGCUCGCCGGUGGCCGUCAACGGCACCCAGCCAGCCUUCCCGCCCAACAGCACCGGCCCGAGCGGCCCCUCCGAGGGCAACCCCUUGCCCCCCACCAGCAAGGCGGCCGGCAGCUCCGGCCACCAGCCUCCGCCGGGCCUGGUUUACCCCUGUGGGGCUUGCCGCAGCGAAGUGAACGACGACCAGGACGCCAUCCUGUGCGAGGCCUCGUGCCAGAAGUGGUUCCACCGGGAGUGCACGGGCAUGACGGAGAACGCCUACGGGCUGCUGACCACCGAGGCCUCGGCCGUCUGGGCCUGCGACUUCUGCCUCAAGACCAAGGAGAUUCAGUCCGUCUACAUCCGGGAGAGCAUGGGGCAGCUGGUGGCUGCCAACGAUGGCUGAGGCCUCCCUCCCCUUCCCCGGCUGUCCUCGCCCCGGGGGACAGUCUGGCUUUUACCACUUCGAGACACUCCUGGCUGGGGAAGGUGGGGGGACACACACCGGAUCCCAUCCCUUGCCAGUAAAAGAACUGGAGGGUUCUGGCUGGACGAGAGGAGAGAGGUCAGCCCCGUCUGGGCAUUGGUUUGUUUUUAAAGACACCCCCACCCCCCUCUUCAUGACCUCCAGGGUGGUUCCAGCCCUGACCUCCCUUUGGACUUGCUGGCCACACAGUUGGACUCCGGCGGAGGGACACAGAGGCACCCACUGACCCGUUGGAUGCCUUCCUCCUCUCCAGAAAUGUCGCCGUCUGUCCCGUGUUUCUCUUUCCCGGCCUCACGGCGGUGUUUCGAACUGCAAAGCGUCCGCCUCGCCUUGAAAGAUUGGCUGGAC